AUGGCGGAGGGCCUCGUUCCAAGGAUCAUCGUCCUGGCUCUGGGCGCCGGGACGUUGGGGUUCCCCGACGCGCUCUGCGUCCUCCUCGACAUCGCGGGGCGGCGGAGCCCCCUAACCGACAUCGCCAUCUGCAUCUUCGCCAUGGCCGUGGUCACCGCCCAGGCCCUCGGCGCCAUGCUGCUGGCGCGCUUCGUCCGCAAGGCGCGCGCUGGAGGUCACGCGCCGCCGCCGCGCACGGACCGCUUCGCGCAGGUGACCCUGGUCGUGUCCCUCGUCGUCGCCUUCCUCGUCUCCGCGUGCCUCCUUGUCGCGUCCGGCGCCGGAGGCCUCGGCCUGCUCCACCUUGUUGCCGACGUCGCCAGGAAGAGCCCCGUUAUCGCAGCCCUUGCCACCGGCGCCGCCGUCCUCCCCGGCGCCAGGCCUCUCCUCCGCGUCGUCCGCGAGGAGGAUCACUCGCAGUCGCACGGCGCCGCCGCUGCUUCGAGGUCCACGGGGGCGGGGCGCUUCGGCAACAUGACCCAGGUAGCAAGCUUCACCGGCGUUGCAGCGGUCGUUGGCACCAUGCUUCUUGCCCGCUUCACCCGAAAGGCGCGUAAUGCCGCCGGCGCAGGUGGCCGCGGCGCUGCCCCUGCUUCUGCCGCGGACACGCGGCGCGUCGACGGCAAGCUGACGAGGCUGGCCCCGUACCUGGCCGUCGUCGCCUUCGGCCUCCUCUGCUGCCUCGUCCUCACCACGGAUGCCCCGCUCGAGAGCGGGCCCGACGGCGCCAAGUACCCAUGA